AUGUUGCAGUUCGACGAAAUGGUGACUGAUGAAAUGGUGCCGGAAAACGACGACCAACGAUCAGUCCUCGAAUUUUAUCCGAAUUUGAACAAAAUUUGCGGAAAAUUGUUGGAUGAGCUGGUGGAGGAUGCCGUCGAUUGGGCACAUGUUAGUUGA